AACUUUUCAAAAUGAUGUCAGGUAUUGUUCUCGCUGUGGCUGUUCUGGUCGGCACAGCCAGUGCAUGCAUAUAUGACUGCGACUCUUUGUUUGGCGCCGCGCUCUGUCCUGAGUGUAGCGCAACGACGACCGAAACGCCACCUCCCCCUCCAAGUUGUAUAGCAAACAACUUCGACCGAGCCUGUUGUGCCGCUGAUCCAUCCACAUGCAACGGUGUUGACUGUUCGUGUGAGCUUCCAGACUCCCCAUACUGUGCAAUCUUCGGAUGUACCCUGUAUGCCGAUUUUUGUUCACAAUGCUUCACACCACCUACUACAACCACGACAGUACCAACGACGACAACCACAGCUGUACCUGUCUUCUGUCUAGGUGGUGGACUUUACUGUGCCUUUGAUUUCUGUUGUCCUGCCGAUGCCUGUGCACAACAUGAAAACUGUUUCGUCCCAGAGACAACAACGGAAGAGGUAACAACAACUGAGGUGCCAACGACAACAGAGGAGGCAACAACGACGGAGGAGGCUACGACAACGGAGGAGCCAACGACCACAGAGGAGCCAACAACAACCGAGGAACCCACGACAACCGAGGAGCCAGAGGAACCGCCAACAACAUCGGAAGAGCCCACGACGACUGAGGUACCCACAACGACUGAGGAGCCCACGACGACCGAGGAGCCCACGACAACCGAGGAGCCUACGACGACCGAGGAGCCUACGACGACCGAGGAGCCAACGACGACCGAGGAGCCAACGACGACCGAGGAGCCCACGACAACCGAGGAGCCUACGACAACCGAGGCGCCAACAACAGCUGCCCCUGUGACAAGGUGUGCCUACAAUGACUUCUUGACAACAACAAGGAUAUUAGGUGGAACUCAAGCAACAUCAUGCCAGGACGCACCAGGAUUUGUCAGUAUCAACGUUGAAGUUCCCGGUAGUGAUCCUCUGCCUAUCUGUUCUGCUGUCUUAGUCUCAACCGACACCGUCUUCACUUCCGACUUCUGUGUUGCACAGCUGGCUGCGAUUCCAGAAGUAUUCACUGUUGCUGUCAAUGACUUUAACGGCAAUAAAGUGGCCGAAAUUCCAGGAAGGACAGGAACAGACGGCCAGUUUACUCUUGACGCUCCCGUGACCUUUGAUGGAACCAGUUGCCUGUUGCCUGCCUGUAUUGCUGACGACACAAUGGAGCUAGACAUGACAUCCUGCACAAUGUUCGGCGCUGGAGUCCUUGACCAAACAGCAUCAACGUUCGAUGGGGUCCAGUCAGCUCCCAUCUCAAUCACGGGAACCUGUGCUGCCAACACCAACAUGUGCAGCGAUUCUGCAACAACAGCUCAAACAUGCAUUGGCGAUGCAGGAGGCCCACUGAUAUGCCCUGACCAGACAGGUCAGCUGAUUACAGCGGGGCUUGUUGCCGACAUGCCGCCAGUGUGUUCCGGCCCUCCAGAGUUCAUCAGUCUCUUACCUGAUACAUUCGACUCCUCUGUACUCCCAGCUUAUUAAAUACACUCUGUGUCA